ACUUUCUGGCGGUUUUUUGACAUAUAAACAUAACCUCAAAUAUUUACGAUAUUUUUGAAAUUCCCAUGAGUCGAUAAACAAAUAAAUAACAUGCAAAAGAGUAUCACAUCGUUUUUCUCCCCAAAAGGACAAAAGGACAAUACAAAUUCAAGUGAGAAUGGAACGAAGGAUACAGAUAAGACUGGGAAGAGGAGUAGAAGCACAAGCGAUGAGAGCAAUAAUGAAAAAAGUCCAGAAAAAGUUAAAACAAAAGUUACAAAUACUGCAAAAAGGACAAAACCUUUAGAGUCAUCACCGGUUAAAGAAAAUAUUAGCAUUACAUCAUCAGGAAAGAAGAAAAAACGAUUGGCUAUAAUUGAUUCAGAUUCUGAAGAAGAAAUCCCUUUGAAAGAAGUUAAGGAAGAAAUUGCAUCACCUAAAAAGGAGAAACCAACAAGUGAAGAUGAAGAACCAAUAAAGAAGACUGAACCAAAAACAUCUAAAAUUAAAAAAGAAAGCAAAAAGAUCUCUAGCAAAAAAGCAAAAAAGGAGACAAAUAAGUCACCGGAAGUGAAAAAAUCACCAAAACUUGAAGAAAAACCCAAAUUAUCUUCUCCAAAAACUAAAAAUGACAAACAGAAUGUUCUUAGUUUUGGCCAACCACAAACCAAGGAUAAAACUGAUUCAAAAAUAUACAAUCCUACAAAAUCUAAGUACCAACCAAUAGAUGAUGCCAUUUGGAAACAUAAAGAAAAGGUACCUUACUUGGCAUUGGGCAGAACUUUAGAAGAAAUAGAGGGCAUAUCAGCUAGACUAAAAAUCAUUGAAAUCCUAAGCAACUUUUUGCGAUCUGUAAUAGUACUAACCCCUGAGGAUCUUUUAGCCAGUGUUUACUUAUGUUUAAAUAAAUUAGCCCCUGCCUACGAAGGUUUGGAACUUGGAGUGGCAGAAACAAGUCUUAUGAAAGCCAUAGCACAAUCAACUGGCAGGACUGUGCAACAAAUUAAGGCAGACUCGCAGGAAGCAGGAGAUAUUGGAAUUGUGGCUGAACAAUCCAAAAGCCACCAAAAGAUGAUUUUUAAACCUGCCCCCCUUUCUGUAAGAAGUGUCUUUGAAAAGUUAAGGGAGAUUGCCAAAAUGACUGGACAUGCAUCACAAACGAAAAAAGUCCAAAAAAUCCAGUCAAUGUUUGUGGCAUGCCAGGGAUCUGAAGCCAAAUUCUUGAUAAGAUCAUUGGCAGGAAAACUUAGAAUUGGUCUGGCAGAACAGUCAGUAUUGAUGGCAUUGGCUUUGGCCUGUGCUACAACCCCACCAGGUCAAGAUUAUCCACCAAAACAUUUGAACGUCGCAAAGGAAAUGGGCGCUGAAGCCUUUAAAGUCGAAUAUGACAAAUUGGCGUUGAUUUUGAAGACUGCCUAUUGUGAAUGUCCAAAUUAUGAUAUGAUUGUUGAUGUUAUAUUGAAGCAUGGUUUGGAAUCAUUACCGGAAAAAUGCAAGUUAACACCUGGAAUACCAUUGAAACCUAUGUUAGCUCAUCCAACUAAAGGUGUUCACGAAGUUUUGCAGAGAUUUGACAAUCUUAAAUUUACUUGUGAAUGGAAAUAUGAUGGUGAAAGAGCACAGAUUCAUAUAGACGGAGAUAAGGUGCACAUUUUCAGCAGAAACCAGGAAAACAAUACAUCAAAAUAUCCAGACAUUAUCUCGCGUUUGGAUCAUUGUAAAAGAGACACUGUUAAAUCUUGUAUUUUGGAUUGUGAAUCUGUAGCAUGGGACAGAGAAAAGAAACAAAUAUUGCCAUUCCAAAUUUUAAGCACAAGAAAAAGAAAAGAUGCAACUGAAGCUGAUAUUAAAGUACAAGUCUGCGUUUUCAUGUUUGAUUUACUCUACUUUAAUGGAGAACCUCUGGUUAAAAAACCAUUUAUAGAAAGAAGAAAUUUGCUAAGAGAACACUUCCAAGAAGUUGAAGGUGAAUGGAGUUUUGCAACUCAUCUGGACACCACUAAAAUGGAAGAAGUACAAGAAUUUUUGGAUGAGAGUGUUAGAGGCAAUUGUGAAGGAUUAAUGGUGAAAACACUGGAAAAAGAUGCGACUUACGAAAUAGCUAGAAGAUCUCAUAAAUGGUUGAAAUUAAAGAAGGAUUAUCUAGAAGGUGUAGGCGACACACUAGAUGUAGUUGUAAUUGGUGGAUAUUUAGGCAAGGGAAAGCGUACAGGUACCUAUGGUGGAUUCCUAUUGGCUUGUUAUGACAAAGACAAUGAAGAAUAUCAAAGUAUAUGCAAGAUUGGAACUGGAUUCAAUGAUGACAUUCUAGUGCAACACUCUGACUUUCUAAAAACCCAUGUAAUUUCUACCCCACGACCGUACUACCGUUUUGACGCAUCUUUAGAACCUGAUCAUUGGUUUGAUGCUGUUCAAGUUUGGGAAAUUAAAUGCGCUGAUUUAUCAUUAUCUCCGAUUCACAGAGCUGGUUUGGGAAUUGUUGACCCCGAAAAAGGCAUAUCACUGAGAUUCCCUAGAUUCAUAAGAAUUAGAGAAGAUAAGACUGUUGAAGAAGCAACAUCAUCCCAGCAAGUUGCCUAUAUGUACUCCAACCAGGAGCAAGUUAAAAAUCAAUCUGGUGGUGCAAAAUUCGCUGAAGAGGAUUUCUAUUGAUUUAUUGUAAUUAUUUUUUUAACUAAAUAUUCAAUUUUACUAAAAAAUUAAAGGCGAUUGAUGUGAA